AUGGACCUCCAGUUCGAUCCGUCGAUCCCCGUCGAGGCCGCCACGACGCCGCCGGCCGUGUGGUACACCGACCCGCGCGUUCUUGAGCUGGAACGGCGCAACGUCUUCGAGAAGGCUUGGGUCGCCGUCGGCCGAGCGGACCAGGUCGCCGAGCCCGGCCGUUACUUCACCGGCGAUGUCGUUGGCAACCCUUUCGUCGUCUUGCGGGACGAGUCGGGCAAGUUGCGGGCGUUCCACAACGUCUGCCGCCACCACGCCGCCGUCGUCGCCCAGGAGUGCGGCAAGGCCCGGGAGCUGGUCUGCCCCUACCACGGCUGGACCUACCGGCUCGAUGGCUCACUGCGUACGGCGCCACGGAUGGGCCGCAUGGAAGGGUUUGACCCCAAGGAGUUUGGACUGCCGCCAAUCAGCGUCGCGACGUGGGGGCCCCUGGUGCUGCUCGACCUCGACGGCUACGCCGGCGGCGAAAACAACCCGCGCGACCUGGCCAUCGACGCGGCCCCGCUGAUUGGGCCGCUCGAUGAACUCGGCUUCGAGCACAUGCGGUGGGUCGAGCGCCGCACCUAUGAGAUGAAUUGCAACUGGAAGGUGUUCGUCGAUAACUCGCUCGACGGCGGCUACCACGUCGCCUACGCGCACGAGGGGCUGGCCGAGGGGCUGGCGUUCGACGGCUACCGCACGGAACUGUUCGAGCGCUCGGCGAUUCAGGUCUGCGAGUCGAGCGGCGCCGACGAACGGCUCGGCGAGAAGGUUGUCUACGCUUGGCUCUACCCGAAUCUCUUCAUCAACCGCUACGGCCGGAUGAUGGACACCAACAUCGUCUACCCCACGGCGGUCGAUCGCUGCGAAGUGGUAUUCGACUUUUAUGUCGACGCCGAUGUCCCCGACGGCGACGACCUUCAAGAGUGGGCCGCCAAACGCCGCCUCCGCAAAGCGAUCGGCGCAAGCCACGUCAUCCAGAACGAGGACAUCGAGAUUUGCGAAUCCACCCAGCGCGGCCUGGGCUCGAUGUCGUUCCGAACCGGCCGCUACUCGUCCCAACUCGAACGCGCGGUGCACGCGUUUCACUGGAUGCUGUAUCGGGAUUUGAGUUGUGAGGCGACCUCCAUUUCAUCGGAGUCCCCGAGGGGCGGCAGCGUUUAG